GGAUCCCGGGGUGUUCGAGGCGCAGGCGCCCGCACCCCCGCCGGGGCCAACCUCCGCGCGGGCCUCAGUUUCCCUGCCCGCUCCGCACGGGGCCGUGGGGUGGGAAGGUGCCCCGGGGCCGCGAUGCCCCCAUCCGGCCUCCUGGGACGGUUGGCAUCAGUGGCUGCGGUUUCUUUGCGCAAGUCCGCAGCCUGGUUUCCUGCUGCCCGGGGUCGGGGCGGGGGCGCACAGAGGGACCCCUGUGUUGGGGAGAGGGCGCUCCCGUGAGGGUGCUUGCUGGCCGCUGGCUGCUUGGGGGCAUGGUGGGUGCUGGGGACCAGAGAUGGCUCCAUGAAGACUUGCCCCCACGUUGGCCAGGCGGGAUCCCAGCAGCCGUCAUGGGCUGGGGAGCCGGAGGCAGCUGCACCCCGCGCCCCCCCAUCCACCAGCAGACGCCUCAGGACACCCGCGUGAUCACUGUGGUCUUCCUCGGCCUCCUGCUGGACCUUCUGGCCUUCACUCUGCUACUGCCCCUGCUGCCAGGACUGCUGGAGAGCCACAGUCGUGCCCACGACCCCCUCUAUGGCUCGUGGCAGCGAGGUGUGGACUGGUUUGCAGCAGCCAUCAGGAUGCCAGCAGAGAAGAGGUACAACAGCGUCCUGUUUGGAGGUCUGAUUGGCUCCGUCUUCUCCUUCCUGCAGUUCCUCCUGGCACCACUCACGGGGGCAGUCUCUGACUGCUUGGGGAGGCGCCCCACGAUGCUGCUGUCCCUGACAGGUCUGGUCGUGUCGUAUGCCGUGUGGGCCACCUCGAGGAGCUUCGCAGCCUUCCUGGCUUCAAGGGUGAUUGGGGGCAUCAGCAAGGGGAACGUCAGCCUCUCCACAGCCAUCAUCGCUGACCUGAGCUCACCUUCCGCGCGCAGCCGAGGCAUGGCAGUCAUUGGGGUGGCCUUCUCGCUGGGCUUCACACUGGGCCCCAUGCUUGGUGCCUCACUGCCCUCGGAGACAGUGCCCUGGCUUGCCCUGCUCUUCGCGGUCUCCAACCUGUUGUUCAUGUUCUGCUUCCUGCCAGAGACGCUGCUUCCAGAGAAGCGGGCACCCUCCAUCACCCCCGGGUUCCGAGCUGCUGCUGACCUGCUCAGCCCCCUGGCCCUGCUCCGAUUCUCAGCCGUGACUCACAGUCAGGACACACCUGCUGGAGACAGACUCUGGAGCCUGCGCCGCCUGGGCCUGGUGUACUUCCUCUACCUCUUCCUGUUCUCGGGCCUGGAGUACACGCUCAGCUUCCUUGCCCACCAGCGCUUCCAGUUCAGCAGCCUGCAGCAGGGGAAGAUGUUCUUCUCCAUCGGCCUCAGUAUGGCUGCUGUGCAGGGGGCCUACGCACGGAGGAUCAGCCCUGGUGGGGAGAUCACAGCUGUGAAGCGGGCCAUCCUGCUGCUCGUGCCCGCCUUCCUCCUCAUCGGCUGGGGGCUCACACUGCCCGUGCUGGGCUUGGGGCUGCUGCUCUACUCCUUCGCUGCCGCCGUGGUGGUGCCCUGCCUAUCCUCCGUGGUUGCUGACUAUGGCUCAGCCGGGCAGAAAGGCACAAUCAUGGGCACACUGCGAAGCCUGGGCGCCCUGGCCAGGGCGGUGGGACCCAUGGUGGCUGCCUCAGGUGUCAGCCAGACCACUGGAUGGCAAAAUAAAGCAGCUAUUUUAUAUCCAGUGCCUUUCUCCAGUACACUGCUGUACCUUGCCACCCCUGACCCCAGGGGCCACCAGGCUCUUCCUGUAUCUGCUGCCAUUCUGCAGGAGGAGGAUGACAGAAAGGGUGGGACACAGGGCCCUCCAUGGCUGGGCUCAGCAUACAUGAGGCAACACAGGGGCAGACCGGGGAGGAGGGGCCCCUGUGCCAGGCUCUCGCCAUCACAAGUCCUGCCCUUGCCUGAGAAGGGCAGUUCUGGGCUGCAGGGUCCUCCCUGGUGCAAAGCAGCAGUGUUUGAUCAAGAAAUAAACACUUGGUGCAGAGCGGGGAUGGGUCCACCUCGGUGACACAGUCAGUUGAAUGUCUGACUGGAUUUCAGCUCAGGUUGUGAUUUCAGGGUCGUGGGAUUGAGCCCUGCAUCGGGAUCUGCACUGGGGUGGGGGUGGGUCUGGA